AUGCCGAAGAAGAACGGUGGCAGCUCACUUUUCUUGCAAUCUGGUCCACGAUCUUCCGACACGCCAAGCUCCUCCGCUUCAUCUCCUGGACUUUCGGCAUCCAAAACAGCAUCAAUGUCGGGAACGGUUGCCGCGUCGCUGUUCACGGCAUCGACUGACCUGUGUGCUGACUCGGUCGAGUCGGUGCCAGGCUGUCGCGGCCUGUUUGCGCUGGCCACGUACCAGGUCGACAAGCACGAGCAGGAACAGGCACAAGCGGGCUCAUCUUCUUCUACGGCGAGGCAGGCCGACUCAACAAACGCACACGAGGACGACGAUGAGGAAGAUCAAGCCCAGGCCAGUACUUCGACCAGUCCGGCCUAUACUCGACGCGGAACGUGCAGCCUGUACUCCGCCUGCUCGGAUCCCGAGACGCGCGGUCAAGUUCGAUGCAACAAGUUCGACAUGAUCGAGACGCCUGCUAUUCUAGACAUGAAGUGGUCACUCACACGAUCGGGUCUCUCGAAUGAUCCUUAUGGGGAUCCUCGCAGGAUGCUUGGCAUUGCCGACGCGAAAGGACAGGUGACAUUACAUCGUCUCAGCCACCUCACGACUGGAGCUUCAUCCUCGGAAGUACGAUUUCAGUCAUUUGGGGAGCUGCGCUUCAAUGACCGCAGCGCACUUUGUCUCAGUCUAGACUUCUCCGACCGCCGAGGUGGCUUUGCAGGAGGAUACAACAUGGACGAGCUUGCGAGCGAUACCUCGCUCAUCGUUUCGCAGAGCGACGGAUCGCUUGCGUACCUGCCCAGCCUCGAGCUCGCGUUGAGCUCCGUCGAUUCUGUCGAUGGUCUCAGCGACACACUACAGCAAGCUUCACUGGAGCAGACCUCGGAGGAUGCGGGAUCAGAAGCGGGCAGUGAUGACUGGGACCGAACGAGCGAGGACGAGCGGAUGGCCGCUUUGGAAGCUGCGCACCUUGCGCUCAACUCGGCCUUUGCGUCCAAACCGCGCGGUCUGACGACGUGGCAGGCGCACGACUUUGAGGCAUGGAUCGCAGGCUUCGACUGUUUUACCCCUACCACGGUGUGGUCUGGAGGCGAUGAUCUGAGUCUCAAAGGCUGGGACUUGCGUUCUGACGGUCCCACACUGAGCAAGGCUGCAUCACCAACGUUCACUUGCACAAAACCGUUCGAUGGCGGAGUGACGAGUCUGCAGUCGCAUCAUCUGCGGCAGCAUUUGUGGGCCGUGGGGAGCUACGACUCGCGCGUGCGGCUGUUUGAUGCACGCAUGCCCGCACGUCCACUCAGCGAGACCAACGUUGGCGGCGGCGUUUGGCGCAUCAAGUGGCAUCCGACCCAGCCAGAUAAGCUUUUGGUCGCGUGCAUGCACGACGGCUUCAAAGUGCUCAGCUUGGCCGACUUGACUCAAGACGACCCACAGCCGGCCGAGCUGAGAGGCAAGGAGUUCGAGAUCGUCACGCGGUUUGACGAGCACAAGAGCCUUGCGUACGGCUGCGACUGGGACCGUGCCGCAGAGACCGAGCCGGGAGAGGGGCACAAGGUGUACAGCUGCUCGUUCUACGAUGCAACCAUGCACAUCUGGGACGGCCUCACAGGCUGA